AUGAGUAACGUGUCAAGGAGCGAUGAUAUUAAUACGCUGCGUGUACUUGUUGCUACGGAUUGUCACCUUGGAUACAUGGAGAAGGAUGAGAUACGCAGGCACGAUUCCUUUCAGGCAUUUGAAGAGAUAUGCAAUAUUGCCGUGCAAAAACAGGUGGAUUUCUUACUCCUUGGUGGUGAUUUGUUUCAUGAGAACAAACCCUCAAGGACGACAUUGGUAAAAGCCAUUGAAAUUCUCCGUCGUUGUUGCCUUAGCGAUCAACCUGUGCAGUUCCAAGUUGUUAGUGAUCAAACUGUGAAUUUUGCCAACUCUUUUGGUCAUGUAAAUUAUGAAGAUCCCCAUUUCAAUGUGGGGUUGCCUGUAUUCAGCAUUCAUGGAAAUCACGAUGAUCCGGCUGGAGUGGACAAUCUUUCUGCGGUGGAUAUACUUUCAGCAUGCAAUCUUGUUAACUAUUUUGGGAAAAUGGUCCUAGGCGGGUCAGGAGUUGGACAGAUAACUUUGAACCCCAUUCUCCUUAGGAAGGGUUCAACUUCUGUAGCUAUGUACGGUCUUGGGAAUAUUAGAGAUGAACGCUUGAAUAGAAUGUUUCAGACACCACACGCAGUACAAUGGAUGCGACCUGAAGCUCAAGAAGACUGUCAAGUAUCAGACUGGUUCAACAUCCUUGUACUUCAUCAGAACAGGGUGAAGACAAAUCCAAAAAAUGCCAUCAAUGAGCAUUUUCUACCACGUUUUCUGGAUUUUAUUGUUUGGGGCCAUGAACACGAAUGCCUAGUUGAUCCUCAGGAAGUUGCCGGUAUGGGUUUCCACAUUACUCAACCAGGUUCUUCUGUUGCUACAUCACUUAUUGAGGGUGAAUCUAAACCAAAACAUGUACUUCUUUUGGAGAUUAAGGGUAAUCAGUAUCGACCGACCAAGAUACCACUUAACACAGUCAGGCCUUUUGAGUAUGCAGAGGUUACCCUAAAGGAUGAACCUGAUAUUGAUCCGAAUGAUCAGAAUUCCAUCCUUGAGCACUUGGACAAAGUGGUAAACAAUCUGAUAAAAAAGUCUGCCCAAAAGGUAGUUAACAAAUCCGAUGUCAAGCUUCCUUUAGUUAGAGUAAAGGUUGAUUACUCUGGUUAUAUGACAAUAAAUCCUCAAAGGUUUGGACAGAAAUAUGUUGGAAAGGUAGCAAAUCCGCAGGAUAUUCUCAUAUUCUCGAAAGCUUCAAGAAUAAGCCGAAAGGAAGGCAAAAUUGAUGAUUCUGAGAAGCUCCGGCCAGAAGAAUUAAAUCAGGCAAACAUUGAAGCUUUAGUUGCAGAGCAUAAUCUGAAAAUGGAGAUACUUCCAGUCAAUGACUUGGAUGUUGCCUUGCACAAUUUUGUUAAUAAAGAUGACAAGAUGGCAUUUUACUCCUGUGUUCGGCACAAUAUUGAAGAAACUCGUAACAAAAUUGCUCAGGAAUCAGAUUGCCUGAGUUUUGACGAGGACGCUGUAAUCCUCAAAGUUGAAGCAAGCUUUCAGGAUCGAGUUAAAGAACGAGCCUCUCAGGCGAAAGAUAGCCAGCCACCUACAUUCAGUGGGCAAUCAUUGGCAGACUUUAGGAGUACAGGAGGUGUUAGAUCUGCAGUUUCCUUCAGUGAUGAUGAGGAAACCCCUAUGUUGUCUAGUUCUAAGUCGAGGGCAAGAGGUCAGAAGGAUUCUUUAGAAUCUUUUAGGUCUUCUCAUGAUGUCACUAAUGUGGGCAAGACUUCUUCAAGAGGCAGAGGACGAGGUAGGGGAAGAGGCAGAUCUUCUACCAACUUGAAGCAGACAACCCUUGACAUGGCUAUGGGUUCUCGUCAGUCUCAGAGGUCCGCGUCAGCUGCAGCAUCAGCAUCUGUUCGAAGUAUUGCUGAAGAUGAGGAAAAUGUGGAUUCUUCUAGCGAUGAAGGGGUACAGCAGACAAUUAAUGACAUUGAUAAUAGUUCGGAUGAUGGUGAACCUCUCCAAGGCAAAGAACGCAAAAGAGCUGCACCAAGGGGUAGGGGUAGAGGAUCUACGACAACUUCUAAAAGGGGAAGGAGAUCAGAAAGCACUUCAUCCUCAUUACAAAAGUUGCUUAUGAGUAGAGACGAUGAAGAUGACGACGACGAUGACAUGGCAAAGAAGAAGACUGCUCCUGUUCGAGCCACCAGGAACUAUGGUUCUCUAAGGCGGUGA